UGGGAGACGCGAGUUGAGCGCGCUAUUCAUAUUCCCGGGUGCGGCUCCCGGACUCGCCGAAUAAAGUAACAAGGCAAACGCUCUGUGCGCGAUGUGAGCGCAGGAUCCCAUCAAGAAACAUGUGAGGGAAUGGAAUACAGAGAGAGGGACAGUACAGUGCACAGUGCGCCGAUCAGCCCCGUCACAGCUUUCGGAUCGAUAGCUUUCCAGUUCAGCACGACGACAGACUACCUACAUAGACCUCGGAGGGCGAUUAAAAACAUGAACACCAUUGUUUUCAACAAGCUGACCAAGCCGGUCAUUUUCGAGGACAAUGCAAACGAAGUGGAACGGAGCAGCAUAAACUACAUAGAAGUUAUCGAAGGACAGCACCCUGAUAUACUGUCAAGCGCUCCGGCGAUCAAGGACAACCAUGUCAUCAGGCAUAGGAGAUCUGGGUCCCGCCAGGGAAGCGGGAAAGCGCGGCACAAGCGGCAGGCGCUGCAGGACAUGGCGCGGCCGCUGAAGCAGUGGCUCUACAAGCACAGGGACAACCCCUACCCUACCAAGACCGAGAAGAUCCUGCUGGCCCUCGGCUCCCAGAUGACGCUGGUCCAGGUUUCCAACUGGUUUGCCAACGCUCGGCGCCGAUUGAAAAACACGGUGAGGCAGCCGGACCUCAGCUGGGCCCUGCGCAUCAAACUCUACAAUAAAUACGUCCAGGGCAACGCAGAGAGGCUGAGCGUCAGCAGCGACGACAGCUGCUCUGAGGGCAGAGAGACGCCAUUGCGGACCCAGUCAACCGCCGGCCAGUUCAGCAAGCCCAUGUACCAGAGCGUCAUCAAGAAGGACAGCGCGGCCACGGCAACGGGGCUGCGGGCCGUCACCUCACUCGGUGAGGACUAUGUGUCGCCGCCCAAGUACAAGAGCAGCUUGCUGCACCGGUACCUCAACGACUCGCUGCGGCACGUCAUAGCAUCCAACGGCAUCGUGGACUCGCGCCGGAGGAACCACUCGGGAUCGUUUAGCUCCAACGAGUUCGACGACGAGCUGCUCUCAGCGUCGCCUUUGGAAAACGAGGCGAACUUCGUCUGCCGUGCAGAGACUUCGGACCACGGCUCCAGUAGAAGCGACCACGGGCUUCGGGACAAGGGCAGGGACAAAGAUAAGACAUACUGGAAGGAGAUCCACGCAGCCAUGGCCUUGACAAACUUGGCGCAGGGAAAGGACGGCGAUUCGGGAACGACCAGCCACAUCAUCCAGAAGUCCUCCCAUAUAUCAGAAGUAAAGACUGUCAAACUUCCCGUGGUGCAGAAAUUUUAACACGUGUUUGGUUUGAGAAGCAUUUUGUUUUUUUUCCACCCCUUGUACAUUAAACAAGUGUUCAUGUAAGA